GUCAGUCAGUGCCUGGAAAAGUUCCAGGAUCCAUGUACACGGCUCUGCUUGACCAUGGUGACAUCCCAGAUCCCCUCUACAGAGACAACGAUGUCAAGUAUGCCUGGAUCGGGACGGCCAACUGGACUUAUUCACGGCCAUUCUCAGUUUCUGGUGAAAUAUCUCAGGCAACACAAGCCUGGCUGGUCUGUGAUGGGCUGGACACAGUUGCAGCUGUGGUGGUCAAUGGGAAGGUUGUUGGCAGAUCAGACAACAUGUUUGUGAGGUCAGCCUUUAACCUGACCGGAGUUGUCCAGAGUGGAGACAAUAUAUUAGCCGUUAAUUUCACCUCUGCUGUCAGCGAGGCCCUGGCCAGGGUUAAAAACUCUCCUUAUGAUGUUGGACCAGAUUGCCCACCCCCAGCUCAGCAUGGACAGUGUCAUGUCAAUCAGAUCAGGAAGGAACAGUGUUCCUUCAGCUGGGACUGGGGCCCCUCGUUUCCUACACAGGGUAUUUGGAAGUCUAUCUACAUUGAUGCUUACAGUAAUGCAAUUAUUCGGGAUAUUUCUGCAGUGGUUCAGAAAGUUAAUCUUCAGUGGGUGGUCCUUCUUGAUGUCUUCUUUGAUGUGGACCUUAUCAGAGAGGUCACAGGUCAACUAAAUGUCACUUUGGCAGACCUGAACUUGAGCUAUAGCCAGCAGGUGACCGUCUCACCGAGAAAUAGCAGCAUUAAACUGCCUCUGGCGGUUCCAACGACAAUAACUGUACCACUGUGGUGGCCAAACGGCUAUGGUGACCAGCCGUUAUUUAACCUCACUGUGUCCUUCACCUCAGGGUCAGACACAUCCCAGAAAUCUAUCAAAAUUGGGUUUAGAACUGUGGAACUUGUGCAGGAGCCCGUGUCAAAUCGGACAGAGGAUGGUUUAACUUUUUAUUUCCGAAUAAAUGGCAAUCCCAUUUUUCUGAAGGGAAGUAACUGGAUCCCUGCUGAUAGCUUUCAGGAAAGGAUAACUCAGAAAGAACUCUUCUUCUUGCUUGGAUCUGCAGCAAAUGUCAGCAUUAAUUCAUUACGUGUUUGGGGAGGUGGGGUGUACGAAUCGGAAGAAUUCUACGACAUCUGUGAUCAGCUGGGUAUCCUGAUCUGGCAAGACUUCAUGUUUAGUGUAGCCAUGUAUCCAGUGUAUCCAGAGUUUUUGGACUCUGUAUCCACAGAAGUUAGACAUCAGGUGAGAAGACUGAAGCAUCGCCCAUCUAUCCUAUGUUGGGCUGGCAACAAUGAAAAUGAACUAGGUUUACGCCAGAACUGGUUUGGAACCCGCAGUAGCUUUACCCUCUACUAUGAUAACUACGUAGAGUUGUAUGUAAAAGUUAUCAAGUCAAUUGUCCAGGCAGAAGAUUCUACCAGAGAGUAUUUAACUUCUAGUCCUUCCGAUGGGAAGGAAAGUGAACGGGAGGGUUAUGUCGCCCAGAAUCCUGCAAGUGAACUCUAUGGAGAUAUUCACUUCUACGACUAUUCUGUGGAUCAGUGGAAUGCAUCCUCUUUCCAAAUUCCCCGCAUGGCCUCGGAGUACGGAGUCCAGGCAUGGUGCAACAAUGAAAGCCUUGCAGACGUGUUUGCUCCGGGAGAUUUCAGCAGAUAUUCUGACAUGGUGGAUCACAGGCAGCAUCAUCCAGGCGGAAAUCUGCAGAUGGAAGCGGAAGUGAACCUGCAUCUGAAUUUGCCGAACUCUCCUGAUGAAAAGUCCAACUUUGUAGACUUUAUCUACUUAACACAGAUUAACCAAGCUAUGUCCAUCCGCACGCAGUCGGAGCAUUACAGACGCUUCCAGACACGGCUUCAUUCUGACGGUAGAGGUCUUACCAUGGGAGCUCUUUACUGGCAACUCAAUGAUAUCUGGCAAGCUCCAACUUGGGCCUCAAUUGACUAUGAGGGCAGGUGGAAGAUGUUGCACUACUACGCCCGGUCAUUCUUCAACAAGUAUCUGGUGUCUCCUUACCUAAGACCUGACCAAACCUUGGAUAUCUUCAUGGUGUUGGACCAGAUUCCCGCCGCCGAGGCUAGGUCUGCAGACGGACGCUUGUUCUUCUACCCCGUCACCAGUCCUGACACUCUGCUUAAGAUGGGAUUCCCAAAAGACCAGAUUUUUAAAGUUGCAUCAGAAGUGGCCAGAGCUAGCAGUGGGAAUGUUACUAUCAGCAUCUAUGACUAUAGCAGUUUUAAUGUUUUAUAUACAUGGAGAAGUCCCUUUGAUAUAAAAACAACAGCGGAAUCUGUAUUCACAAAGAAGAUUCCUGACUUGCUGAAUGAAUCAAAGUGUCCAGGUGUAGAGAACUGUCUACUGUCUGUGACAGCAACUGACAACAACAAGGCUGUACUGUCAGCAUCAUGGCUUCCCCUGGCCUACCCCAAGUUUUCCAAGCUGUUGCCUGCAGACCUCAAGAUUACAUCAGUCAUUCAGGUUGACGAGAACACUUUCAACAUACAAGUCUCAACCAAUGCCAUUGCUCUCUUUGUGUGGCUGUCAACUGUAAAUAUUCCUGGCCAUUUCUCCGACAAUGGAUUUGUAAUGCUAACACCAGUUACAACAGUCCAGUUCUUAGCUCAAGCUCUGGUCAGCGUUGACCAGCUGUUGGCCGAACUCCACGUCCGCAGUGUUACUGAUGUGAAGUAUUAG